CUCGUUCAACCCACUUGUAUUUGCAUAUUGAUCGGUGCUUCAAAAAUGAGUAAUAAAAUCCAGUUGCUAUUUCUGCUCAUUGUGUGCUGCAUGGCGCUUAUAGCAGCUGCGCAGGAGGAAGGCGGUUCUUGUGGCGAUAAUGAGGAGUUCAAAAGCUGUGGGAGCACCUGUCCACCCAAGUGUAGUGACGGCGAUGAGCAAAUGAUGUGCAGUCAACGCUGUGUACCUGGAUGUCAAUGUAAAAGUGGUUACUUAUUGAACUCUACUGGACAGUGUGUGGAACCAGAAAACUGCUAAAUGAUAACAAAAGCAAUGACAAAAGCGAUUAUUUUCAAAUUGGCACAACAAAAUUAAUUGAGGCAAAGAAAGUAUAAAGACAAAAAGCUGCGUAAUCGCGGCCCGAUCCUUUAACGAAACUCGUCUAUAAAAUUUUACCACAUACACAACAAAUUACAGCUAAUUGGGAACCGCGAGCUGCAAGUUUUUAUUUUUAUAUACU